AUGGACUUUCUACAAAACCCAGUCCCGCUCUAUUGCUUGGGAGUAAUCCCAGCAGUAUUUAUUAUUGCUGACAGUCCAUUUUCAACCCUCACCUCGAAGGUGUGGUACACCUUAGCCUGCCUUUCCAGUCCAUUUACACCCCUAUUUUACUACGUCUCUGUUGGCAGCCGCACAGACACAUCCAUCUUGGACAAAUGUUGUUAUUGGCUACCCGCCGACAAGUUUGAAUAUGUUCGACCAAAGGCGAAUAAGAAGUCUGGACAUAAUGGCGGCAAAAGUGAAGGACAGCCUGGGAGUAAUGGCGACAUUGAAAACCAGCUUGACGAAAAUGAACGACAGUCUGACCCUGAGAAUAUUUGGCCGUUUGCUCAUGAGAAUAAACGUCCUAACCUCGACCCUGAUACUAAGACACGUCUUACAGAAUGCGUGGCAAACAUCUCAUUUUGCGAACGCUAUUUGAUAGUUGUCUCAAUUUAUUUUAUCGUUGUCGGCAUGAUCGUUGGAAUUUACAGAGAUGUCGGAAAAUGCCAGGAACAGGAUUGGCCGGCAAUACCAUUGUUACUAUGUUGGGCUUUACCCGCUUUACUAAUUCGGCUUCUCAGAGGAAAGGCGGUGGUUAGAGAUCCUGAAAUAGCACUACAAAAGUUACCACGGAUUUCUUUAAUUGAUGUUAACAAUAAUGAUACACCCCAACGAGAUAUUCGAGGAAAUGCUUUGGCUACAUUGCUUGUAAGCAUCCUAAGCCAUUGGUUGGUCGUAAUAUUUACAUAUUAUACAAAGCCCAAGGGCUUUGGUUGCCGAUCAAUUGGGUUAGCAUUGAUCGCAGGCAUUUGGACCCUCAAUAGUACGCUGAGUUUUAGGUACUAUUUUGUGUGCAAUAAUUCACCACCUGGAGUAAAUUCACCACCUGAAGUAAAGUCCAAAGACUAUUUAUAUUCUUAUUGGCUGUGUCCAUGUGGUGUAGUU